AUGAGCGCAUCAAUUGAACUUCUACGCGACAAAGGUAAUGAACUAUCAACGGAACAAUUAGAUGAAUGUUUCGAGGAAAUUGUUCGCAAUUUAACAACGGUCAAAAGUGAAGAUAACCAGGAAGCGUUUCUCGAACUAUUGACCAGUGUUAUUCACGUGCUUACACCCAUUGACAUUACCAGCUAUUAUUCUGACCAUUCAUCGAUCGUCAGCGUCUUAUACGAUAAUUUGCUUGAUUUACUAAAGCAAGAUAUGAAUGACGCAAUCGAAGGAGUGCUAAUAGAGCUUUCUAACUUCUUUCAUCGACAUGUUACGCAAUCGUUAAUGAAUAGCAAGGAUGUUAAACAAAUGUUGAUUGAUGGAAUAGUAAUGUACUUUGCUCGAAAACUCGCCCGCGGGGAACUUCAAACAAUAGUCUUUUUUAUGAAUUCCUCAAUCGGUCUAAAACAAGUCGACUGUUCGUUACACAUUCUUUUAUGUGCAUUAGAGAAUCGCCAAAACGAAGAGAACACUUUGACGGAAAUUGAAGCAGUUAUCGAUUGCGUUUGUUCUUCGACGUUUGUCCAUAUUUUUCGCUCUUUACAUUCGAGCGAAGACAAACUCACAUCUGAUCAGGAAUCAUUAUUAGUUGGUUGUGUGACUCGAAUUUAUCACUAUAACGAUCUGGAUAAAGCAACUGAUUUAAUGCGAAAGGUCGCUCGUUCGCUUCCUGACUAUGCUCAGCUCUUGAUAGAAUUUGUACCGCCACGAAACCCAAUACACAUCAAGGUCUUGCGUCAUUUCGUUGAGAUGCUUCAAUUUUUGGCCAUUGAUAACGAUGCAAGGCAUGAGUAUGUUAAUGACCAUGCACUAAUGUUAGAUCCUCUUCUCGUUAUUCUACGUGAUGAGGUUCUAUGGAAACAAAUUAGUGACAAUGAUACGAAAGAAUUGUUUGACAAUGCGGCCAAUUAUUUGUUCUUGUUGUCAUUGGAAUGUGAUCUUCUACCAGUGAUAAAAGCCAAGCCGAAUGUUUCCAAGUGCAUGUUAAAGUUGACAGAAGCCAAAAGCGACAGAACACGGCUCAAUAGUUAUCGGACAUUGGCGAUAAUCAUGACCGAAGAUGAAGUCAAAUUGUUAACAGAACCGGACAAAAUUACGGCUAUAUUUUUGAAAUACUUCAACUCCGCAAUUGAUAUCAGACAACAGUGGCGUCUUCUCGAGAACUUGUUAUUUUGUUUGAAAAGUCUCGCUCAGCACGAACAGAUCAGAGACGAGUUCGCCAAUUCGAGUUCUGGUAUUCCAUUGCUGAUCCGUUGUGCUACGGAGUCGCAAUUCGAUUCAACUAUUGUAAAGCAGCGUUCGUUAGACCUUCUCCUUGUAAUGACAUUCAACAAACAAGCAGCAAACAUGAUUCGAGACAAUAGCGAGUUGAUCACACAUAUCAAAAUUUUGUCGCAAUCCCACGAAGUCGCACUUCAACGUGUUGCCGACGGGAUUCUCUGGAAAUUGGCAAAUGAAGAUCAAGUUGUAACCGAUGUGAAAGACAAGACAGAACAGAAAGAAACAAGUGAGAACACAUCCAUGAAUAAAAGUCAGACUGAGCUGUCUGCAACCAAAAAGCAGUAUGAAUAUGAUAUUAUGAUUAGUUAUUCACAUAAUGAUAAAGAGCUUGUUUAUCAAAUACAAGAACGUCUUGAAAAGGAUACUUUUCGUGUUUGGCUGGAUCGUGAUAAUAUGUAUGGUUCACCAACACGCGCCAUGUCUCAUGCUAUUGAAAACAGCGAAGUAAUCUAUCAGAAACCAUGA